AUGUUGCAUAAACAUAAUAGUAGUAAUAAUUUAUCGAUUAUUGCCGGUGGAAAUGAUAACAAUGGGGAGACUCGCCCACUUUUAUCAAGCAAUCUAGAUAAAACAAAUCCCAAAUAUUCGCCAACUACUACUACAACUACAAAAUGGUAUAAAAGACCAUCAUAUCAUUGGAUAUUACCAUCCUUUUUUUUAUUAUCAGUAACUUUUGGACUCGCAGUUACAACAAAAAUAAAUUUUUAUUUAAAAGUUAUUUGUAGAGAAUACUAUUCAGCGGGUGAUGGUGUCCAUAAUGUUGAUUAUGAUGAUGAAAGUUGUAAUACAAGUGAAAUAUCUGCACUAACUUCUCAACUUUUACUAAAAUUAAGUUUAUUUCACUCCAUACCAGCAAUAGUCGUUUUAGGAUCAUUAGGAUCAUUAUCAGAUCGUAGAGGUAGACGUAUAGUAUUAUUAUUGCCAACAAUUGGGGGAAUAUGCAUUUCAUCAUGUAUAAUAUUAGUGGACAAGUAUUUAUAUGGUAACCCUUUUGGAACUAAAUUGUUGUUGUUUGGAUCAUUUUUGGAUGGAUUGACAGGAAGUUACACAUCUUUGGUAGCUGUUAGCCAUGCCUAUGUAACUGAUUGUACCGAACCUGGUAAAAGAAAUAUAGUGUUUGGAUGGUUGAUGGGGUCAUUGUAUUGUGGAUUUUCAAUAGGACCAAUGAUUGCAGGAUGGAUAAGUCAAGCUACUGGUAAUAUUAUGUCACUUUCCAUAUUUUUACCAGCAUCAAAAAACAAUAGAAAUAAUGAAGAAAGUAAAGUGUUAGGAAGAUAUGCAUUAUUAAAUUCAGCAAUAAUAACUUUUUUUACAUCCUUUGCAAUUUAUGGAAUACAAGCAGUGUUCUUAUUAUAUAUAUCGUUAGUAUUUAAACUAUCAGUGGUUGAACAAGGUUAUCUUUUAUUUGUUAUCGGUGGAGCAAGAGAUUUAAUAGAAGAAGAGAGCGAAGAAAGUAAAUUACGAUUAAAAGGAGAAUUGUUGAAAUUAGAAAUUUGGGUAAUUAGAAUUGGAUUAUUUAUUGAAGCUGCUUGUAUGACUUUAUAUGGAAUAAUAAGUAGUGGCGUUGCAUUAAUAGGAGUGGCAGUGACUGCAUCAUUAGGAUCAACAGCAUUUCCAACUUUGAAAUCAUUUCAAACAAAUUUACUGCAAUUGCAUCACCAAUAUGUUUUAAUACGUUGUAUAGUAUAUUUGUCACCGGAUCUUCUCCAUAUUUUAUAUGAAGAAGGAGGAAUAGGAUAUGAAAUUAGUGACGGAGAAUAUGUUGAUGAUGAUGACAUUAAUGUUGUCAUUGAUGUAAUAGAUGGACCCGUGGUUAAUUGGUACUGGUUAGAAUAUGAUUGA